CAGGGGUACUUGGGCGAAUUCACCCAGCUGCUGAACAAAAACAGUCAGCAGAAGCCGAACCCAAGGCACAAGACAUGGCGCCGCGACGAUCGGCGCGAGGCAGAACCUCAGGACGUGGAUUAUCGAAGUGCAGAUAAACGUCCGGAGGGAUCCCUCGGCCCUAAGGGCAAGAAGAAAAAGUUGGAGAUCAAAGUGAUCUUCGGGGGCGCUGAGACUGGGGAUACACCCGCCGAGCGGAAAAAAUUUGAGAGAUCACUCUAUGUGGGUUCCGUAUCAGCACCCCCCACCAAACGCAAUAAAAUCGAGGCAAUUACCUUCGGCCCCGCUGACCUGCCAAUGUCACCGGCGCCGCACAGAGACGAGCUGGUGAUCAGCAUGGACGUAAACGAUGCCAUCGUACGCCGCGUCCUUGUUGAUACCGGGAGCAGUGUGAACGUCCUCUACUGGGAGGCUUUCGAGGGAAUGAAGCUCAGGAAGGACAUGCUGCACCCUCUGCGUACCCCGCUGUCCGGCUUCACCGGGGAUUGCAUUGACGCUGAGGGCACCAUCACCUUGCCAGUAGAAAUCGGCGACGGCCCUCACACUGCCCGGAUCAGCAUGACGUUCGUCGUGGUCCGCCUAAAAUGCGCCCACAACGCCAUUUUGGGCCGACCCGGCUUGGAAGACUUGGGGGCCAUAUGCUCCGUACGACAUUCAUG